GAUUUCCUUUUGCUGCUGGUCCAUGGCCAGUGCGAAGUGUAGAGAAAAAUAUCGGGUCACAGUUCUCUAUAAGCUGAUUCAUGCAAGAAGGGCUUCACCGAAGCCUCGACCCAGAAAAACAGACAUCACAAAAACCUAACACAGUAGACAGAGGUGUUCCAUGAUGGAGUUACAUUUGCUGAGGCUGGUGUUAGUAACUUCUGGUCUGUUCUGCCAUGCAGAGGAGUUGAGAGUUCCAGAGGCACAAACCAGUAACCCAUGCAUUGGUUUGGAAACAUGCAGUGACUGUCUUCGCACAGCAAAUGUCUGUGCAUGGUGCUCCUCAGUGAAUUUGCCACGUACCACUUCUCGUUGCAACAUUUAUGAACAACUGCUCUCCACUUGUACAAACAGUAUUGUAUGGUUAAAGAGCAGUGUAAAUGUGACAAAGAAUGACAAGGUGCGAGGAAGCGAUAAAGAUCAACAGCCGAUACAAGUCCAGCCUCAAGUCCUGGAUAUUACGACCAGACCAAAUGACCCAGUCACCUUUAGUCUGACAUUUCGCCAGGCUGAGAACUACCCUGUGGAUCUAUACUUUUUGCUGGACUUGAGUUAUACCAUGGUAAAGGAAGAGAAGGCCCAAAAGAAUCUUGUAGCUUUGGGCCGUGACAUUCUUCCCAGCUUGGAGAACAUCACCAAAAAUUUUCAUCUAGGGUUUGGAACAUUCGUUGACAAAUUUGUCAUGCCAUACAUACCCUGGACUGAUCAGAUGCUUAAGAAUCGAUGCCCUUUGAAAGAGUCUGAUCAGACUUGUAGAAAACCUCAUGACUUCAUCAACCAACUACCCCUGUCAGAAGAUGUGGCUAAGUUUGCUCCAAAGAUGGAGGAAGCAAUCAAAGCUGUUUCCCAAAGUUUCGAUGACUCGGAAGGUGGGAUGGAUGGUCUUAUGCAGACACUUGCCUGCGAGAAAGAUGUUGGUUGGCGAGAACGUAGCCGAAGAAUUGUUGUUUAUGCUUCAAACUCUCUUUUCCACUUGGCUGGAGAUGGCUUGUUUGGUGGGGCAGCUAAAAUGUAUGAUGGAAAUUGCCAUUUGAAUGCCGAGCAAUCAUAUAACCCAGCUGACAACAUUUAUGACUAUCCUUCAGUCAGCCAGAUUGCAGCCAAACUGCGUGAUAAGUCCACUAACAUUAUUUUCGCUGUGAUGCCUAAUGUUGUCUCUCAUUAUAAGCGCCUGGAAAAUAUUUUGUCGGGUUCCAGCGUUGGGACACUUGAAUCACAAUCAGAAAACAUCAUACAGCUUAUUCGAGACAACUAUGAUAAACUGAGAUCCAAAAUAGAGUUUGUACCAAGGAAGGCAGAUGAUGUGGAAUUUACAUUCAAAUCUAAAUGUCUAGAAGAAAUCCUAAAGGAGACUGAUUCCUGUGAUGGACUGGAGAUCAAAGAUAGUGUAACAUUUAAUGUCACAAUGACAGUCACCACUAAAGCAUGUGAAGGUCACACUGGGGUUAUUGAGCGGUCAGUAGACAUAGCAGCUGUUGGUCUGGCAGAAAAACUCACCAUCAACCUGAAAAUUGCCUGUGACUGUGAUUGCGAGGGACCAUCUGUGAGGGAACAAAACAGUACCAAAUGUUCAAAUGGUCAAGGUACUUUUGAAUGUGGCAUCUGUAAAUGCAAUCCUGGUCGACAUGGCCGUGAAUGUGAAUGUGAUGAGACCAAGAUCUCCAGUGAAGAAUCUUUUUCUUUGUGUCGUGCAAACCAGAAUGACAGUCUCAUAUGCACUGGUCAUGGCGAAUGCGUCUGUGGUGAGUGCAGAUGCUUUAGCUCUAGCUCUGAUAGUGGACGUCGAUACAGUGGACAGUACUGCGAGUGUGAUGACUUAAGCUGCCCUCGCAGUUCAGAUGACAGUUCUUUAUGUGGUGGUCCAGGUCGUGGACGGUGUGUUUGUGGAAACUGUGAAUGUCUGAACAUGUGGUCUGGACCUGCCUGUGACUGCUCCACAGACAACUCGACAUGCAUGGCUUCCAAUGGGCUGGAGUGCAACAAUCAAGGAGUGUGUGAGUGUGGCCGCUGUUUGUGCAAUUCUGAUUCUCAGUACAUAGGUCCUACCUGUGAAGAAUGUCCAAGCUGUCCCAGCAGGUGUACACAGUAUCGUGACUGUGCAGAGUGUCGUGGGUUUAAUGCAGGAAAGUAUGGUCCAGAAGAAUGCAAAGAGAAAUGCCCUGAGGUCAUCAUUACAGAUGUACUGGAAGAGGAGGGAGGACGUAUCCGUAAGUGUAACUUCCGCGACACCGAUGAAUGCCUGUUCUAUUUCACCUAUGUAUAUGAUGAAAACAACAAUGUCGUUAUCAAGGUGCAGAAAAAUAAAGACUGCCCGGAGGAGGUCAAUGUUGCCAUGAUCGUCGGGCUGGUGGUUGCUGGCAUUGUGCUGAUUCCCCUUCUAGCUCUCUGCAUCUUUAUCUUUAUUCGAAAUCGGCGGGAUGCUGCAGAGUAUGCUGAAUUCUUGAGGGAAAAAGAGCGUACUAAAUGGGAAACAGGAGCUAAUCCUAUCUACAAAGAUCCUCAGUGUACCUUUGAGAAUCCAACUUUCCACCAGUGAAUAAUUUUGUGUGAAUGUGUAAUUAUCAUAAAUUGAUUGGGCAAGCUAAGGAGAUCCUUUAUCCUGCGAGGUUCCAGGUGUGCAUCUGUCUGCACACACACAGUCUCAAUUGAUCCACCCAACAGAAUCAUUGGACAAGAGGCGAGGAAUGCAACCUAAAUAUGUUCUGUCAUAAAGUGCAGCCGGAGGCAUGGUUCACAUAUUAACAGGUGACGAAUUAACAAGACUUUCUAUCAAUGUGAAUCAUUUACAAGGUUACAUAUGCAUGACAGAUUUAUCGAGUGUGAGAAAGUCUCACAUCCUAUUUCUUUUUCAAUUUCAGCCAACAUAGUUGUCAGCUUGAAAGCCUCGUGCAAACUUGGUCUUAAAAGAUAUUCAGUCUUGUUUAUAUCCAUGAAGACUUUUUUAAAAAUAAUAAACAGUUGAUAAUAUUUUAAAGGAACUUGUUCACAAGCUAAAACAUGUUCCAGAAGAUUGUGCUCUUUUGGAUGAUGUGACAUUGAUAAUGAAUCUCAAAAAAAUCUAUACAUUAAAUAUUAUGUCUAUCCAAGAACUCUCAGCUUGCUGUAUAAAUAUCUGAAGAUCACUCAAGCUGUUUGCUUUUAUGGCACCUAGAGUGGUUUUAUGAAACUAAUCAACCGAGGAUAAAACGUUUUACAUAUGCAUACCUAUAAAUACAUAUCCAUCACAUAAGAAUAUUAGACUGUUACACCAUUUUAAUUUCCUGUUUAUCUUAUUUGUGUACAUUUUAUCAUCAAAAUUCAUGCAUUUAUGCAAUCUACUCCUUUUUACAGUGUUGCUUUUAAUAUAAGAUGGAAUAAAAUGCUUCUGCAUUAA